AUGGACGCACUUCUCUGCCAAAUCUCUCGUUUCCCAUUGAAACUUACAUCGUUUAAUCUCUCCAACCAACACGCCAUUCCCACCAAAGGGUUGCAAGCUUUCUCUCAAAAGAUUACAACUUUGACCUCUCUCACAUGUUCCAACAUCGCUCAUCUCCAUACCAAUGACUUCUUCCUCAUUGCUGACUGUUUCCCUUUGCUUGAAGAACUCAACCUCGGUAACCCCACAUAUAUCGAGGAUGCUAGUAACUACCCUAAUGGAGUCGAGGCUCUUUUAUCGAAACUUUUAAAUCUCCGCAAGAUUAAUCUCUCUUUUCAUCGCCACAUAAACAACCGAUCACUUUUUCGCUUGUUCAGGAACUGUAAACUUCUCGAAGAGGUCAUCAUAUCCAAGUCUUAUUCGAUAACCUACGCAAGCAUUGCUUUUGCUAUUUGCGAGAGACCAACAUUGAGGUAUUUAUCCUUUUCUAUGACUCCCACAAUGGAAUACGGUGAAACAUACCUUACCUCACAUUUCAAUGGAAUACGGUAUUUGUCGUCUUUGAAUAUCUCGGAUGAGCUGCUGUACUCUAUUGCAAUGAAAAGUCUUCCUUUGAAGAGGCUUGUGCUUGGACAUUGCACCGGCUAUAGUUAUGAUGGAAUCCGAUGUUUGUUAUCCAAGUUGCAUUUGGAUAUUCAAAAUGCUAAGGUUGUGAAUAAUUACAAUAUUGACUACCUUUCUUUUCUUCUUAGUAAUUUGGAGUCUAUAAACCUUAGUCAUGGUAGGAAUCUCAGUGAAUUAAGCUUAUUGACACUUGUUAGGAGGUGUCCUUUGCUCAAUGAGAUCUAUAUUGGAAAACACAAGUAUUGGAGAAAUGGGUUUAGGUUUAGAGAACUAUAG